AUGACGACGAGGUUGAAAUGCGUGGAUUGCAAACUAGUCGAUUGCGAAUGUAAAGAUAAGUGUUUCGACUCGCUGGUAGAGAGGAAGUUUUUGAUACCGAUUUCGGAAGCGGACGAUGAAAGGAGCCACGGUACGUUGCUGUUCAAGUGGUUUUUACCCUUAGUGAAAGUGAAAGAAAACGACGAGAUCCGGCUCGUUCACGUAUCGAUGAACAAAAAAGAAAGCGUUUCCGAAGAAGAUUACGUCUACGACGUGAUAGUUCCGAUCGUUAACUUUCACGGCGUGAAGAGAAUAAAGUUGCUCGUCGAACAAACGGAAGGGACGGAGGAGGGUGAGAUUGCAAAGAAAAUAUGCGAGGCUGCAAAGGACUGCGAUAUGAUUGUGAUGAGUGCAUCGCAACAGCGAGGAAGGUCAAACAAGCACAUCGGACGAGUGUCCGAGGCCGUGGUUCAUAACGCUACGACACCAUUGUUGCUGUGGAGAGAUACGGAAGGCAUGAGAGAGGAAGGAAUGAACGACCGUUCGUUUCGCGAAGUAUAA